AUGGCACCCAUCAGGACCUCUCAGGCAAGCACAAGGCCGAGAAGGUCCAUCCAGCCCGUCAAUGGCUACUACACCUUGAAGUCAGACCUCGACAUCAUGCCCUCAACACCGCUCGACGGCGAACCGCCCCUCAAGAGAAUGCGCACAUCCCGAUCUGCAACCUCGACUCGAUCGCGAUGGAUACCCGGCGGAAGAGGUGGAGGCGGCAGACACAUCGACGUCGACGCUGGUGAACUUCCUUCACCGACCCCAAGGACCCCUGCUACCGUCGGGCGUCCGAGAGCUAGACGAGGUCGACCACCCAAGCACGAGAAGAAAGCACAACCGCAGAAGACACCUCGCACUUCUGCCAGAAGCGCUAAUCGAGCCAACACACAACGCCCUCGGUACAGUACUGCUGCUGCCGCAGCGACCGCGGCUACCGCGCAUGGUGACGGUUACAAACCUCGAGAAGAGCGCGGUUGGGAGGAGUUCCACGCUGACCUCGAUCUCGACGCCGAGUUCGCCAUAAUUCCAUCCGCCGAGAUCGACGGCACCGUCAAAGUCGAUGCCGCUGACGAUGAAGACGCUGUCAACGGCUUCACGAAAACAGCCAGUGGCAGAAAUACCCCAACGAAAAAGCGUGGCAGACCCAGUGGUAGGAGGACGGACUCAAUGUUGAAAGCGCUAGCCAUCCCAGAAACUCCCAAGAUUGUCCCUCUGCCCGGCCCGAAUCCUCGAGAACGAUUGACAUUACCCAAGCCAUCGUUCCGUGAGCUUGACCCAUUCGGCGUAUACGAAGAAGGCAUUAAUUAUGUCGACAAAACUAUGGCGAGUGUUGGGUACCAAGAGUCGGAACUGUUUUCGAGACCCGAUCGCGCCAUGAUCCGCCAGACGGAAGGUUCAGCUGAGGAGGACCUGGACCUGAGUCCCGAUCUUCUUGUGAACGUCGAGAAUUCCGCCAUCGGCUCAUCUGGCGUGGGAAGAGUCGAAUAUGAUAUGGAUGAACAAGACGUCAAAUGGCUCGACAUGCUCAACAAGACCAGAGUAGCCGACGGCGCUCUACCCAUCAAGCCGGCCAUCUUCGAGGUGACCAUGACAAAGAUCGAGAAAGAGUGGCACGCCUUGGAGAAGCGAAUACCAAAACCGAAUCCGAAAGCCCCGCAGACUCAGCGGCCGCGAUCAAGUAGUGCAGCGGCCGUCAAUGGUGAGCCCGCAGGUGAAGAAGGCGAUACCAAAUGUGUCAUUUGUGACGAUGGUGAUGCCGAGAACGCCAACGCGAUUGUUUUCUGCGAUGGCUGCGAUCUGGCUGUGCACCAGGAAUGCUAUGGGGUGCCAUUCAUACCGGAGGGUCAAUGGCUGUGUCGGAAAUGCCAGCUCGUUGGCAACUCCAGGCCGUCUUGCAUCUUCUGCCCGCACGAAGGUGGUGCUUUCAAGCAGACUAACAACGCUAAAUGGCCCAUCUCUUUUGCGCCAUUUGGAUUCCGGAAGUCACCAUUGGCAAUCCGUCACUUAUGGAGCCUGUCACAGAUGUCGAGAAGGUUCCGCCAAGCAGGUGGAAGCUACUCUGCUAUAUCUGCAACCAAGCCAUGGGAGCUGGCAUCCAGUGCAGCGACGGCCGCUGUUAUCGUGCUUUUCAUCUCACGUAACACCUUGAUCGAACAAAGCGCUUUACGAGGAUUCUGUCAUCAGCACUCUCCGAAUGAUUGGAAGGCCGAUCACAACACCGACAAAGCCUACGACUCAACAGUUAAUUAUUGCAAGAACCAUUUCAAGGGUCAAGUCUGGGCCGACAGCAGAGCCUCUGCUCUGGCCAUCAAUGAAGGGCCUGCUCAUGGUACGGAGAAAGGACCCCUCAAAAUUACACUUCCAAACAAAAGAGGGCAAAAGCCGAAAACAAUUUGGAAGUUGCCCUCUGGAGCCCCAGUAAUUCCCGAAGUCAUCCUCAACUCCAUCGAAGCAUCUCUGGUUCGCUUCAGCGUCAACAAGAAAAAAGAAUAUGUGUCGGAGCUUUGCAAGUAUUGGACAUUGAAGCGAGAGGCUCGCCGCGGAGCAGCACUACUGAAGAGACUGCAGCUUCAAAUGGACACCUUCAGCUCGUUUGAGGUCACGCGUCGGGACUACAAGGCUCAAGGUGCAGCCGGCCGUGCUCGACUGGACCGGCGCAUCGAGUUUGCCGAGACUCUUGAGAAGGAUCUUGAGCGUAUCAAGGCUCUGUGCGAGCUCGUGAAACAACGGGAGGACGCGAAGAUCGCAGAAGCCCGCUUACUCAAGGACGUGGUCAAUAUUGUGUACUUUCCCAUCCUGCCAUUGCUUGACACCGUCCUCCAGAAAGCAAUCAAGCAUGAUAAGGAGAGCACUUAUAGGAACGACCUCUCGGACCUUCAGACUCGCAUACAAAGUGGCGAAUUUACCUCCAUCACGUCAUUUUCGAAAUCCUUUGCCCAAAUAUUCGCAGACCGACUAAAGUCCAAUGCUGCGACAUUCGCGGAGAUCAUGCAGCAAGUCAGCGGCAGACGUCCUGACGACUCGACUCCAGAACAGACAGAGCUACGCGCCAAGGCACGGAACAUUCUCCGAGCAUGCCAGCCUUUGCUGGAAGAUGCAUUGAGGAAGGAGUCAGAGCUGACAGGACGACCCUUCGAACAGCAGAUGAAGGAGCUCGAUGAGGCUCUCAUUUCACGGCGUAAUUCCAUUAACGGACCAAACGGGAUCAGCACCCCUGAUCUCCAGGACGUCGAAAUGCCAGACGCUGAUGCGGAGGGUGCGUCCACAGAAGAUUUGAACGGGCCCAAGACCAACGGCAGUCCUAAGAAGUCGGGAGCAGGUCCUGCUGCCAGUACGCCACCGGCUUCCACCAAUGGACUUAACAUCUCCCAGACCAACGGCGAAGUGGCUCAGCCAGUCGCUGAAGUGUCCAUCAGCGGCGAACCGCCAACGCCGCCCAUGAGCACUGAAGGCCAGGGCGCUCAUCCAAGCCUGUCUAGCGGCGGUAUUCCCUGGUACGUGGAAGCCUUCGACCCAUUUGGCACCACUAUCUACGAAGAACGAUGGACCGGCCAACAAGUACUGCGUGAGAUGUCCGAGGAGCUUAGCGAGAUGGAUGAGGACGAAUUGCAAGAACUCGGUCCCGAAGACGACAUCACGAUGACCGGGCUUGCUGUCGGAGGCGCAGUCGUUGUUGGGAAUGAUGACGCUCUGCCAAAUGGGACUGCAAAUAAGAAAUCAAACAAGUCGAGGAGUCGCAAGAGCAAUGGUUGGAGUAAGGCGGGGAAACCUAGGAGGUACAGAUAG